AUGGAGCCCUCAGGCACCCCAGAGUCCACCACCCCUUUUGAAUAUGAUCCUCAGAGCUUACUGUGUGAGAGCAAGACCUUUACCUUUGCCACCAUCAGCACCACCAUCCUGUACUUCCUGGUGUUCCUCCUCAGCCUGGUGGGCAACAGCCUGGUGUUGUGGGUCCUAGUGAAGUAUGAGAGCCUGGAAUCCCUCACCAAUGUCUUCAUCUUCAACCUGUGCCUCUCGGAUCUGGCGUUCUCCUGCUUGUUGCCAGUGUGGAUCAUGGCGUACCACUGGGGCUGGCUGCUGGGGGACUUCCUCUGCAAGCUCUUCAGCAUGAUCUUCUCCAUCAGCCUCUACAGCAGCAUCUUCUUCCUGACCAUCAUGACUAUCCACCGCUACCUGUCGGUGGUGAGGCCCCUCUCAUCCCUGCGUGUCCACACCCUCCAGUGCCGUGUGCUGGUGACCAUGGCUGUGUGGGCAACCAGCAUCCUGUCCUCCAUCCCCGAUGCUAUCUUCCACACAGUGCUUUCUUCACACUGUGUCUACUCAGAAAGGAAGGGGUUCCUAACCUCAGUCUACCAGCAUAAUGUCUUCUUCCUGCUCUCCAUCGGGAUUAUCCUGUUCUGCUACGUGGAGAUUCUCAAGACCCUGUUCCGCUCUCGGUCCAAACGGCGCCCUCGGACAGUCAGGCUUAUAUUCACCAUCGUGACAGCCUACUUCCUUAGCUGGGUUCCCUACAACCUGGUCCUGUUUCUGCAGACACUGCUGAAACUUGAGGUCAUCCAGAGCUGCGAGUUCAGCCAGCAGGUGGAUUAUGCCAUACUCAUCUGCCGCAACCUUGCCUUCUCCCACUGCUGCUUCAACCCAGUGCUCUACGUUUUUGUUGGGGUCAAGUUCCGCAGACAUCUCAAAAGUCUGCUCCGGCACCUCUGGAUCUGCAGGCAGCAGGCAGCCAGCAUUCCUCAUCACGCGGCAGGCUCCUUCAAUUACGAGGGUGCCUCCUUCUAUUGA